AUGUUGACAGGUGCCCUUCACAGAGAAGAGUCUGAAGUCUGAUGAUGUGUUUGUGUUGGACAAGGGACUGGAAAUCAUCCAGUGGAACGGAGCAGGGGCCAAUGGCAUGGAGAAAAUCAAGGCUCAACAAUUCUGUCAGCAGUUGGAGGCUGAGAGAUCAGGGGCAAGUAACUCUGUAGUGGAGGAGGGAUCUCGUGCUCCUGCAUUCUACGACGGUCUUCCUGAUGAAGAUGUGGAGAUGGAUGAGGAAGACGAGGGAGUCGAGACAGGGGACAAGACUCUAAUGAAAGUCUCGGAUGCUGGUGGACAGAUAGAAAUGACUGAAGUUAAGAAGGGAACAGUUACCAGGGACGAUCUGACUUCAGAUGACGUAUUCCUGGUGGACAAUGGUCUACAGGUGUUUGUUUACGUUGGUGCUAAUGCUUCUGUAGCAGAAAAGAGGAAUGGAUUCCCCUAUGCUCAUAAAUACAUCAAGGAUAACGACAAGAAGCCGUACAUGCAGGUGACAGUUGUUAAGGAGGGACAACAGUCGGAGCUGGACAACGUUCUUGCCUAAAUUUGGACAUUAGCUCCGCCCACCUAGUCACAUGACUGCCCGUAACAGUGUCCCAUAGACUGUAGACAUUGCAACUGUCAGGAGCAUCGCAUUGUGCUGCAUCACCUUGUUUUGGUGUUAAAAUGUUAAGAUUGGCAAAAUUAAAAAGAUAUAUACCCUGUAUUUCAAUAAUUUUUUUUCCUUUAAAAAAAAAAUAUAAAUAAGAUUUUUUCCCGACAUGUUUUUAUUUUAUAUCAGAAAUAUAUUUUUCUUCACAAGUGCUUUGUAGAAGGCUAUAUUUACAUGACGUACUGCCUGGAGGGCUUUCAAGCAGAAAUAUCCUCUGUGACUUUGUUUUGGUAUUUAGUGUAGCAUUUGCUGUUAUUUCAUUUUAUUCUUUGCUGGGCAUUUACAUCACUGGUGGUGCAUUUGAUUCUGUUGUCCUCUAUAUAUCAUAAUCAAUGUUGUGAUUAUACUGUAUAUCCUUAUUUCAUAUGAACAAAUAAUGGUAAUAUUGCUUAGAUGCUUGAAUCAAAGAUUGCAAAUAUUUUAUUAGAAAUAAUUUUUUUUUUUCUCCUCAUUUUUUAUGGUAUUUUCAAACAACUUGUAAACAGGUUUAUACAUUGCUCAUGAUUUUUUUUUCUUUUUAACUUUAUUAAUUUGCCAUGUUGAAGAUGAUUUUUCAUUUUUUAUAAAAGUGAAGUUAUUCUAUGUUAUUUUGCACAUUUUUUAAGAAAAGUAUUUAUGUACACAUUUAAUGUUUUUUUUAUAUGCUGCAAUAGAGAUGAAAGUCACAUGUCAGUCAUGUGAUUUGUCUCCUUAACAACCACUCCUGCUUCCUAUAGGUAUCUUAAUUACAUAUCUAAAAAUAAAUUAUUUCACACUGUGGUA